AUGAGCAGCGCGGAGGAGGCAGCCCGAAAAGCACGUGAAAUCGCUGCGAAAUUGAUGGGCGGGGGCGGUUCCUCGCCUACAGCAUCGGCCCCUGCCCCUGCUACUACUAGCACUGGGAAGCGCAAACGAUGGGGUGUUGCUCCUUCGGCUGUUGCAGACGCCAGUGGUGGUGCUAAUGCAGCCCUGCCAGGGUUGGAUGCCAUGGCCAAGAAACUCAAGCAGGAAGCAGAGCCAGUCCAGAAACGACUUUGGAUUACUUCAUGUGUCUCCAUAGAGCGACCAGCAUGGCAUUAUGUGUCGUUCAUGAGCCCAAGAUUGGACGAAAUCAUCCAAAAAGUCAGCAAUUUGCUCAAGACGGAUCCCAAAGAACUGGAAAUCUCCUUCAAAGGACGAGGGUCUUCACGGGAGCCGCCUCUCCCUGGAAUCCCAGAAGAACCGUUGCAUGUGUUUGUCAAGGGGCCCAAGGAAACCGCGGAAGAAGCGGAACUGGAAAUUGACACACUCUUGCAGGAAGCUGAAAAGGCGGAAGUCACCAUCGAUAUCACCCAGGAACCAGAAUAUCUAGCAGCAAACAACGAAAGCGCAGGACCAGAAAAUGACCGGCAGCUUGCUAUUGUUGGAGGGCAAGGCCACAAUGGGUCCUACCGGCCUGCUACCGUUGCUCAGCUCAUUGGCGGAAACGCAAACCACCCUGCAGCUUCGAAUAGCGGGGAUUGGCCAGCCGAAGAAGUUCAUGUUCCGAAUGGAGUUGUUGGAUUCAUUAUUGGGCGUGGAGGAGAAACGAUCACAUCCAUGCAGGCACGUACGGGAGCCAAGGUGCAGAUUCAAAAGGAACACGAGCUUCAGCCAGGACAAACGAUGCGAAUCAUCACGGUCAGUGCACCCACAAAGGAAGCAGUCGAACAAUGCAAAACUAUAAUCACCAGCAUGGUCGAAGAUCGAGUUGGAAAAAUGGGAGGCUUUGAUCGUCGAGGAUCGUCAACCAUGGGAGGUGAACGCGACAGCAAGGUCCAAGCAGCGUUGGAUCAAGGUCACGUACUCAAGACCGUCGAAGUACCCGACAAGGAUGUGGGUCUUAUUAUAGGAAAAGGUGGAGCUACCAUUCAAGACAUCCAGAAUCGAACAGGGGCGUCAAUUCAGAUCCCACAGUCUGCCAGUAACGGCGGCAGCAAGGCGGAUGAAGCGAUGCGAACUGUGAGCGUUACGCACCCCAAUGAAACUGGAGCACAGGAGGCUGUGACCAUGAUCACUGCCAUCUUGGCGUCGAAAAAGUCGGCCAAUGAAGGAGGAGGAGGCGGUGGUGGAGGUGGUGGUCCUCAAACUACCAUUCAAGUCAUGAUUCCCGAUCAGGAUGUUGGGCUUUGCAUCGGCCGACAAGGUUGCGUCAUCAAGGAAAUGCAAAACAAAACACGUACUCGAAUUCAGAUCCCAGGACAGCCGACUCCAGGACAAUCACAUCGAAUCGCCACAGUGUCUGGGACGACUGAAGCUUGUGAACAGGUGCGACAACUGAUUGAACGGAUCUCUGCCGAACAGAGUAGCAACUGCGUUACUGGCGGUGGCGGACCCGGAGGUGGCGGUGGCGGGUACAACCAGUAUGGUGGAGGUGGAUACGGCCAUGGAGGCCAGCAGCAGGGUGGGCAGCAGGAUUACUCCGCAGAAUGGGCCGCGUACUAUGCAGCUCAAGAAGUGGCCCAAAAGCAACAACAGGCACCAGCACCAGCACCUACUCCAGCACCCGCCCCAGCACCCGCUAGCGAUACUUACUAUGAGCAAUUCUUUCGCUAUGCCUAUUACUAUGGAGAAACUGCAGCAAGGCAGUACUACGGUGCUUGGUCUCCCGCGCCAGGAACGCCGAAUCCGUACGGAGUCAACCCUGAUGGUGUGACUGCUCCACCUGAGUCUGGAGCCCCUGCAGGCCCAUCGGCACCAGCUCCGGCGCCUUCACCACAACCCGCUCCUGCAGCAGCUGCUCCCUCGCGAGGUUCGUUUCGGGACACCAGCGUUCGGAAGGUUUCCAAUCUGCCAGCUUGGAUGACUCGAGGGCAGAAGUAG